AUGGCAGCCCCACGAUCAUCCGGUGUACGACAGGUGCACGCAACAUGUGUCAAUGCCGGUCAAAGCCCUGCACCAAGGAACCUCUCACGUCAAAACUCCCCUAGCGUCGCCCAAACCGGAGCCUUGCUGCGUCCUGGCGACGACGCAGUGGCUCUGAAGCGUGAAGCGGAAAGGCGAACUCUAUUCCAGAAAACGUCCAACAAAGUGCUCGACAUACCGAAUGGAUACCGUAGGGUUGAGGUCCUCAUACUCCGGUGGGAUGAAAGCAUUGAUGAUUUCAAGGACGGGCACACCCAGGAGAUCCAGAGACUGGAAAGUUUAUUCUCCCAACGCCUUGGCUAUGGGGUUACAGUCGAGAGUAUCAAGAACACCCGUAACCCCCAGGUCGCGUUCAACCUCAAGAUCCUUCAGCAUGUGGACCGAUAUGACGAUGAAGACACUCUUCUCAUCGUGUACUACACUGGACACGGGCGCCAUCUCGUUGAUGAUAACGUCCAGAACCUGGAGCUAUCCGCAACAGAAGAAUCGAGUGCCUCCGGUAAUUUCGCCCCCGUGGCUUUCUGGGGUCAAGCAGAAGAGCCUCUACGCACCCUUGCCACGGCUGAUGUGCUGUCAAUUCUAGACUGCUGUUGCGCUAGUACUGCAGCCGUCAAGGGUGGAAGUUCCGAGCUGAGAGCAUACCAGCUGUUGGCAGCAUCAACGUUGAAAGGCUAUACGUAUGGACCGGGGAAGAACUCGUUUACUACGGCCUUCUGCGACUCGCUUGAAGAACUGAUCGAGGAGUCCAAAGGAGAGAGUUUCUCCGUCAUCCAGCUCUGGGAGAGAAUCAACACUAAACGAGCGUCUGAUGCUGCACUCAUAUGGGAUCGUCUCCAACGAUGGACGCGGAACAUCGAUCUAUACCGCCUCGACUCCAACUCCAAAAGAGACGCAUCCUUCCAGAGACGGGAUCCCGAAAGAUCGUCCUUAUUGCUGAGAUUAUCCAUUAGAACGAGAGACCUGGAUGACGUCAAGAUUCAAAAGCUUGCCCGACAAUUGCAUAUCGCCUGCAAGACGUCGGGUAUACCUGUACGUCAACUGGAAUGGGUGAAGAUGGAGCAGCCAAACCCUGCCAAAGCCUUUCGGAAAGCAGUGCAGAAAGUGCAACACCAAUUGAAACGCGAGAGCGCUCCUGGGAAGCAAAAUGACCAACAAAGACAACAGCUAGAGGCACAAGCAGACCAGGCGCCCUCGCCAGAACCUGAAGCGCGCGCACAAUUCAUAACAGUAGGGAGAGAGUCAUUUCCACAAACUCGACCCGAAAAACAGAAGCUUCCGGAUCCGGACCACAAACUCUGUGCGACAUCAAGAGGCAGCAUAUUCUGUCUUCUGCGCGUCUGA